GCGAUACACUGCGCCGGCCUGGCAUCGGAACUUCCAAGGCUGCACGCAGCACGAACUGCACUGCUCUGGCCGUUUUGGAGUAUUCCAUUCACUCGUUGCCAAACCGACUGCAGCACCGCAGACCAGCCCCCCACCAACGGAGGAACCUUCAUUCAACAACACGGCUUUUGAUAGAAGCAGCAAAGAGGCAGCUAUGGCGAUCAUAGAGAAUGUUACUUUUGCCUCCACUCUAGCAGAUGCUAAAUUUGCGCACAUGGCCAGCAGUCCUCGCAUCAAUGGUCUCUUGGCAACUCUUUCAGAACUCAGCGGCUGGACAAUUGCCCUGACCCUACUUGCCGUGAUGGUUGCAUAUGAUCAAUGCAGCUAUCUUUGGCAGAAGGGCUCAAUUCCUGGUCCGGCAUGGAAGAUACCGUUCAUUGGCCCUUUUCUGGAGUCCGUGAAUCCAAAAUUCGACGAGUACAAGGCGAAGUGGGCUAGUGGUGAGCUCAGCUGUGUGUCUGUAUUCCACAAAUUCGUCGUCAUUGCCUCAACCCGCGACAUGUCUAGAAAGGUCUUCAAUUCUCCAGGAUUCGUCAAACCAUGCGUGGUAGAUGUGGCCCACAAGCUACUUGGCAAGACAAACUGGGUUUUUCUUGACGGAAAGGCUCACGUUGAUUUCCGAAAAGGCCUGAAUGGCCUUUUUACACGGAAGGCUCUCGAAACAUACCUGCCCGGACAGGACGCUGUUUACAAUGCCUAUUUUGAGAGGUUUCUAAAGGUCACGGAAGAUGCAAAGGGAAAACCAGUGCCAUACAUGGCCGAGUUUCGUGAAGUCAUGUGUGCUGUCUCGUGCCGAACUUUCGUUGGCUACUACAUAUCGGAUGAAGCUAUCAAGAAGAUCGCCGAUGAUUACUAUAACAUCACAGCAGCCCUGGAGCUAGUCAACUUCCCUAUAAUGAUACCAUUCACGAAGACCUGGUACGGCAAAAAGGCAGCUGAUAUGGUGCUCGAAGAAUUUGCCAAAUGUGCUGCAAAGAGCAAGGUUCGCAUGGCUGCUGGAGGUGACAUAACCUGCAUUAUGGAUGGCUGGGUCAAGGCUCAACUCGACUCGGCCAAAUAUCGCGAACGCCAAGAGAAAGGCUUGUCAAUGGAAGGAAUCGAGAAGCCGUCGCCCAUGCUUCGCGACUUCACGGACUAUGAGAUCUCCCAGACUGUCUUCACGUUUUUAUUUGCGUCCCAAGAUGCUACGAGUAGCGCAGCCACAUGGUUAUUCCAAACUAUGGCCCAGAGACCUGACGUACUCGAUAAAGUUCGCGAGGAGAACCUUCGCGUUCGCGGUGGCGAUCGCAACAAGCCUGUAACGAUGGAUAUUCUGGACGAGAUGGUCUACACUCGUGCUGCUGUCAAGGAACUGCUCAGAUAUCGACCCCCAGUCUUAAUGGUACCAUAUCUUGCAAAGAAAGCCUUUCCAAUUAGCGACACCUACACUGUUCCUAAAGGUGCCAUGAUCAUCCCAACGGUUUACCCAGCGCUUCGCGACCCCGAAAUCUACACAAACCCUGAUAUCUAUGACCCAGAUAGAUACGUCACGGGAGAUGCAGAAAUCAAAGGCGCAAAGAAUUUCUUGGUCUUCGGAACUGGACCUCAUUACUGUCUAGGUCAAGUGUAUGCACAGCUCAACCUGGCUCUCAUGAUUGGGAAAGCAGCAAUGCAUCUUGACUGGGUUCACCACCCAACACCACUUUCCGAAGAGAUCAAGGUCUUUGCCACAAUAUUUCCCAUGGUACGUCGUUUUAAGCUCUCCUUCAUCAUCUAGCCCACUGCUAAUAUAUAUAGGAUGAUUGUCCUUUGACUUUCUCGAAACGAUCUUGAAAGACUGAUUUCAAAUCGCCCCUUUACCGCACCUGAGUUUUCAGGUCAAUCCUGCACGGCCAUGCGAUCCUUUACAGCAUUUGCAAAUGAGGAUGAGUUCUCAAGGCGUUUUGGAGCAUUGGAAAUUAAUAGUCGCCAGGAGAGUAAUAAUCCUUUGUAACAUCAUAUCUAAUACAAAUGCCUCAAGUCGACUUCCUUAAACAAUACGUUCGUAUACCUGUGCUUGUCUCACCUUAGCACUAUUGACACAGGAUGAGGCACGACCUCUGUAUGUACAUACUUAGACUGGUGCUUCAAAUUCUGGACUUACAUCGAGAAAUAAACGCAUGCCUGCAUAGUUGAGAGGGAAGCCACUCGUGCAUCACUUCCGCGAAACCGGUGAACCGCAUUGCCAGAAUGCUUGGGAGUCUUUGCAUUUGGAUUUUUGCUUGACUGUUUGUUAUUCCGAGACGGAGAUAUACAUGAAGCCCGCAAAGCGAACAGCUGGGCUUUGACCAGACUGGCUCAAAUCGUAAGUAUCUCUGCCUGCUUCCUCGGUGGAGAAUCAACAUCUGCAAUUGCCAGCUCUUGACGCGGGGAACACCAGUUGAAGACUCCACUUCUCAAAAGAUGAUUUGUUGCCCAAAUUCGGACUAUACCAGAGGCUAGAGGCGGAGUUGUGCACGGAGUCGUUGGUACUGUCGGCAUCUUUAUUUACGCCGUUAUUUUGUCAUUACUUUGGACACUUGCAAUGACGUGAUUUCUGUUGUCACCGUAGUUGUGACUUAGAAGCAUAACGACGUUCAGAUCAACACGAGGUAGUACCUGCACUAUCACUUUGACAGGAAACC